AUAAAAAGGUAAGAAAGAGAUGGUUCUUUAAAGACCUGACAGACUGAAUGCUGCUUUGUGGAACCAAAAAUCAUUCUUCUAUCUAUGGCAUCGCUUUGAAGCACCUUUAUUUUUAAGAGUGUUAGGCAAUACAGUAUAUGUGCCAUAAUCCAUCAUUCAUGCUAUAGUAACAUGGGAGAAGAAAACAACUGAAUUUAUGUCGAUGAAAACCUUCUUUAAUAAGAUACGGUGCACAUCAUGAAAUUGAGUUAUGACAUAUUUGAGAUUUUUAUGUCCAACAACCAGUGGCAUAUUUGAUCUUUGUAAAUAGGCUAAUGAAUUUCAGUCUGUUACUCACAUAAAGCUCACACUUACAAAAAUAGGCCCACUGAGUUUUAGGAAAUAAACCAUUAAGUCUGUGAAAAAAAUUCCUCGUAAUAAUAAGAGUAUCAACAUAUGUGUAGGCAAGUCAGAGAUGUAAUGUACAGUACACACACACACAGCUUAUUUGCUGUUUACAGUACAGUGUCUGUACAGAAGCAUUAGCCUGUGCCUUCAGUAUGUUGACUAUACCUUUAAAAUCAAGGGACUUGAUGAAACACAGUUUAAAUACAUCUGAAGGAAAACCACAUUUUCUCUUUCUAUCAUACAUCAAUGUUCUUGUUUUCUUCGCUUGUUGCUGCUUUACCAAGCAAGCUGUUAUCUCAGAUUUCGGUCUAAACGAUUCAGUGAGUGAGUGGUCUAAAUGAUUCGGCUGAAAGCAUUUUACAGUGUUUUGCCUUUAAUUUACAGAUUUUUUCUUUGCAACAGAAAUUGCAUUCACCUGAGGAUGUAACAGCAACAGUGGGCCAGUCAAGCAGUUUUUGUUAAGAGCAUAACCAGGCGGUACAUUGCCAAAACACAAAUACUGGCAUUAUUAUGAAUUGUGUUAUAGACAGUGAAAGGGUAACGCAUUCUAAGUAAUCAUGAGUUAUGUAAUCAGAUUACUUUUUUUUUGUAAAGUGACAUUACUUAUUAAUUUAUGAAUAAAUGAGUAACGACUUUGUUUCCCAUUUAAAGAAUGCCAGCUUUCCUGUCCCCAUGUUGAGAGAAAUCAUGAGUGAGGUGCAGAGACAUUGUGUGCGCUGUCUAAACAUGAUGGGUAUUGUAGUUCUAGACUAGAUGUUUACAUGCAUUUACUCAUCGCACCUGCAGAAAAACAGAUUCAGUAUUACUCAAAAUGAAUAAAACCAAUGAAAUGCAAACUUGCAGUAUUUAUAUUAAAUAGCACAAAUAUCCUUUAUGUAUUUAAUCCCUUUUUAUUAACCAGUGUCUUUACUGCUGGCAUUUGAUGAUCCAUCUGAAUUACUUUAGAUAAACAUAACAAUUGUUUAAUUUUUUUAUUGCUGCAUUCUGUUCUUCAUGCAACCCAGAACAGCAGCACAGCUGAAAGGUUGAGAGCUGCACCCUCUACUGUACAGAUGUGAAUUUACAUUUCCUUCAGCCUGAGGCUUAUUCGUUUCCCUUUUGGUGUGAAAGGGCUUUUUCAUUUGCCAGAAAUAGAACUUUUUAUACUAAAAAAUGAACAAGCAAGCCCUGCCCAGAUAAGAAUAAAUAAACAUAAAUUACUUCCCGUAAAAGUUGCAACUUAUUACUUAUAAAAGUCCCCAAAACUGAUGAUAGAUAUCACAAAUAGCCUAUAUAUCUCAGAACAAGUGUUUAAAGAAGCCUUUGAAGAGUUUAAUUGUUGUAAUUGAAUGAGACACUUUCUGACAAUGAAGUCAGUGAUAGCAUCCUAAAUUCAUUGUCUGGAUUGGACUGUGCUAAUAAUCUGUCACUCAUUUACGAAAAGUAGGUCAAUGAUAACAUUCUUUCAAUGUGGUCAGAUCUAAAGUGCAGUCAUAAAAUAGAUUUGUUGUUCAACAGUGAAAUGCUAUUGAAGGUUUGCUGCGAUCUGAAAGAGUUUAGUCUCCAGUGCCACAUCACAGACCACCUUCGACCGUCUGGUGCGUAUUGAAAGCACAAUAUGACAAGCUGAUGUCAGAUCUUUGAAACGGAAUAUCAUGGGGCUGAUUACAGAAUCUGAGGUGGUGAGGGCAUCUUCAAGAUGAACAGCAACUGGAAGACCACCAAGGUGCUGGGAUUGCUGAUGUUAGCCAACGUCCUCAUCUACGUCGCGGUGGAAGUGUCCCGAAGCUAUGGGCAGAGCCGAGACAAUCGAGGGAAACUGACGCCCAAAAAGUUCUGGAAGAAGCCGGAGGUCAGUCCGGCUUACUGGAAUCGUGUGCAGAACCGUCUUGAUGACAUCUACUACCUGCCACUUGCAAAUGGCAGCGAAGCCCCUCAGGACUUUCGGGGAAUCCCACGUUGGCUGAAUCGCACGAGUCCCUGUAAGCCGGACAGCAGGGUGAAGACAGAGAUCGAAGACUUUAAGUCCCUACCGCAGCGAUUCCAGGACUUCUUGUUGUAUAUGGGAUGUAGGUCGUACCCCUUGAUAACGGACGCACCCAACGUUUGUUCUGAACCGCCGUACCUCUUGCUUGCAGUGAAGUCCAUUGCAGCACAUUUCGACCGACGGCAGGCCAUCCGGGAAUCAUGGGGCCGCGCUGGGAUCCUCGACGGCCGGCGCAUUGCGACGGUGUUCCUACUUGGCAGCAUGGUAGCGACAGACCACUUCCCGAACUUGUCGGACAUGGUCAAGCAUGAAGCAGCAUUGUACGGCGACGUCCUUCAGUGGGAUUAUCGAGACUCGUUCUUCAAUCUCACCUUAAAGGAAGUGCUCUUUUUGGAGUGGUUUUGGACUCAUUGUGGUUCUGCCAAGUAUGUGUUCAAAGGCGACGACGACGUUUUUGUCAAUACGAGGCAUAUGCUGGCUUACCUUGGCAACUUUUCUGUGUCCAAGACACAGGACCUUUUUGUUGGCGAUGUGAUCUCCAAUGCCGGACCACACCGGACCAGACACCUCAAGUAUUACAUCCCCGAGAGCGUGUUUCGAGGAGUUUACCCACCGUAUGCCGGAGGCGGAGGCUACCUGUAUUCUGGGAAUCUGGGGCUGCGGUUAAGAACGAUCUCUCGUCUGGUCACAUUGUACCCGAUAGACGACGUCUACACUGGGAUGUGUCUGAAGAGACUGGGACUAGUACCGGAGAAACACAAGGGCUUUAACACCUUUGACAUUGACGAGAAGCACAGAGAGAAUCCUUGUGCUUACAAAAGUCUGAUUCUGGUCCAUCCCAGGAGCCCACAGGACAUGAUAAAGAUCUGGUCUUGGAUUAAUGACCCAGAAGCUAAAUGUUACAUCGCACCUACAACGCAAGCGAAGGGCGGAAUGCGACGCAACAAAAGCAAAUAGAACCCAAUGACAGUAAAACUGAUGCUAACAAAAAUGUGUUCCAAGAACAUUUUGCUAACGUUCCCAUUAAGUUAUAAAAACACUAUUUCUGACUGUUCUGAACAUUAGCUGCGGUAUUGAAAUAACGAGAAAAAUAAAAUGCAGUAAAUGAUAAAACUGUUUGUGCUACAAAACAGUAGUGCAAACAGUUUUUAAAAUUAAGAUAAUACAAUAGUUUUAAUAUAAGAUUAACAUUAAGAUAAUAUAAUAAUUAAGAUAAUAAAUUAAAAUAUGGUAAAAAACAGCAGUUUGAGAUAUCAAGCAGCUCAACGAGCUGUUUUGUACAGCUCAAAACAGCUGGAAGGGAAUGACACCCAUAAAACGACAAGCCAGACCCAUAAAAUUGACAAAUGGCCGUGCCCACUCUUAUGGGAAAGAUAGUGUGAAUAAACAUUUUUUUUUCUUGCUUACGCAAUCAUUAAGGGAACAUCACACUGAAUCAAAUAUCAUAGGAAUGUUACUUUUGAAUAUUCUUUGAACAUUCUAAAACAAGUUGUAACAUUUAAAAAACAUUAGAUGGAACUUCCAGCUUAAACAUUUCAGUAAAAAAGUUCCACGAAUGAGAUAAUGUUUCUGUGCUAACAUUUUGAGAACAUCACUAAAGAUCAGAGAACUUUGAACAAAUGUUCUAUGAAUGUUACUGAAUAAAGAUUUGAGAGAACCUUGCUAGAACAUUCUGAGAACAUCCCCUGUUAGCUGGGACAUGCUUGCACACCUUCUUUCACUUUGAUGCGAUGAAUCACAAUUAUUUACUCAAAAUGAGUUAUAUACGGUGCACUAUAAUGCAUCUUGACAAAAAAUCAGGGUGCAUUUUCAUAACAGAAAGAGUGAGUCUGAUGCGUCUGUGUAUUUUUAUGUUGUUGUUUUAAUUUAUGUUUGCAUUCGUGUGUGGAAGACUAGCUGAGCUGUUUGACUUCUCUUGCAUUAAACCUCAAUAUUCUCA